AUGGAACGAUGCGACUGCAUCGAGCCGCUGUGGCCGACUGACGAGCUGCUCAUCAAGUACCAGUACAUCUCCGACUUCUUCAUAGCCCUCGCCUACUUCUCCAUCCCGUUGGAGCUCAUCUACUUUGUGAAGAAGUCGUCCUUCUUCCCAUACAGAUGGGUUCUCAUCCAGUUUGGUGCCUUCAUAGUCCUCUGUGGAGCAACCCAUCUCAUAAACCUCUGGACUUUCACCACCCACACAAAGACCGUGGCCAUGGUCAUGACGGUUGCCAAGGUUUCGACGGCCGUCGUUUCCUGCGCGACAGCUUUGAUGCUUGUUCACAUCAUCCCUGAUUUGCUGAGUGUCAAAACGAGGGAGCUGUUUCUGAAGAAUAAAGCUGAGGAGCUCGAUUGGGAGAUGGGCUUGAUAAGGACGCAGGAAGAGACCGGGAGGCAUGUUAGGAUGCUAACUCAUGAAAUCAGAAGCACACUCGAUAGACAUACGAUUUUGAAGACUACCAUUGUGGAGCUAGGAAGGACCUUGGGUCUGGAAGAGUGUGCCCUGUGGAUGCCGUCAAGAAGUGGCUCGAGUCUCCAGCUUUCGCAUACUCUGCGCCACCAAAUCACUGUUGGGUCAUCUAUAUCAAUUAAUCUUCCUGUUAUCAACCAAGUUUUCAGUAGCAAUCGAGCAAUUAUAAUACCGCACACAUCCCCUCUGGCACGGAUUCGGCCUCUUGCAGGACGAUAUGUUCCACCAGAAGUGGCUGCAGUGCGAGUACCUCUCCUGAAUCUUUCAAACUUCCAAAUAAAUGACUGGCCAGAGCUUUCCGCAAAAAGCUAUGCUAUUAUGGUUCUCAUGCUUCCAUCCGAUAGUGCAAGGAACUGGCAUGUGCAUGAGUUGGAGCUUGUUGAGGUCGUCGCCGAUCAGGUAGCAGUUGCACUCUCUCAUGCAGCUAUUCUUGAAGAGUCCAUGCGUGCACGUGAUUUACUGAUGGAGCAAAAUGUUGCUCUGGAUUUAGCUCGACGAGAGGCUGAAAUGGCCAUCCGUGCUCGGAAUGAUUUCCUAGCUGUUAUGAAUCAUGAAAUGCGAACACCAAUGAAUGCAAUCAUAGCUCUUUCAUCCUUGCUCUUGGAAACUGAACUCACUCCUGAGCAGCGUUUAAUGGUGGAAACAGUAUUGAAAAGCAGCAAUCUUCUAGCAACACUCAUUAAUGAUGUGUUGGAUCUUUCCAAACUUGAGGAUCGCAGCCUUGAAUUGGAGAUCAGAGCAUUCAAUCUUCAUGCUGUUUUCAAAGAGGUGAUGGGUUUCAUCAGACCAAUUGCAGCUAUCAAGAGGCUGUCUAUGUCGGUUAUGUUAGCGCCAGAUUUACCAUUAUGUGCUAUUGGCGAUGAAAAGAGGCUAAUGCAAACUAUCCUAAAUAUCUCCGGUAAUGCUGUUAAGUUCACCAAGGAGGGCCACAUUACACUUCUAGCUUCCGUUCUCAAGCCUGAUUCUUUAAGAGAGUUCAGAACCCCAGAUUUCCAUCCAGCUGCAAGUGAUGACCAUUUCUAUCUGAAAGUUCAGCUAAAGGAUACAGGCUGUGGCAUUAGUCCUCAGGAUCUACCCCAUGUAUUCACAAAAUUCGCUCAAACUCAGCCUGGAGGUAACCAAGGUUACAGUGGCAGUGGCCUUGGACUUGCCAUUUGCAGGAGGUUUGUUACUCUGAUGGGAGGGCACAUCUGGCUGGACAGUGAAGGAGCAGGAAGAGGUUGCACGGCUACGUUCAUCAUCAGGCUCGGCGUAUCCGACAACACCGACGCAUAUCAGCAGCAGCUGGCCCCUCUUGCCUGGCCAGGCAGUGCAAAUGUCGAAUCUGCCGGUCCGAAGGCACUUCACGAGGAGACGUGGCCGCCAUCUUCCCUGAAGCCUCGUUACCAGAGAAGUGUAUGA